AUCAACUAAAUUUAUUAUUCAUGCAAAAUGAAAAUCCGUAUUAUUUCAUCGAUAAUUUUGGUGGCCAUCAUUUUGAUCCAAUGUUUCGAUUCAAAUGAAUCGGCCAGUUUAUAUCAACCAUAUGAUUUGGGUCAUUUGAUGGAUUUGUUUGACGAUUUCGUUGCAGAAUGUGAUCAAAAAUCUGAAUCACAGAUUUUUGAUAUUUGUAAUGAGGCAUUAAAUACAAUGAUAAUGGAUUGGAAUAAAAUUCCAUUGAAUAUUAAACGUAAUGCCAUUCAAGAAUGCAAAGAUACAUAUUUAUAUGUGUGUCAUUCAGAACGACGACGACGAUGAUUAAUUGAUUGAUUCGUAAUUGAUUUUUUCCAAUCAAUUUAUUUCCAUUUUUCAAUUCA